AUUACUUGACAAUAUUUUAUUAUUAGACCUUACAGAUAAAAUGUUUAGAUAGACAGCGGAAUUCUUCUCAACUUCAGCAAGGAUGAACCGAUGGAAGGAGGAUAGUGGGAGUGUUCUUGAAGCGGAGACAGUUAUUUACAGAUUGGAUCGGACAAAGCUCUAUCAUGGAGAUCAUAAAACUGAAUAUGAAGAAGGAGUUGUUGAGGUCACAUCACAUAGAGUCAACUGGAAAAAGAACGGGAAAUGUUUAUCUUUGCUUCUUUCCAUGAUCAGAUCAACAAACUACGAGGAAGGUGGGUUCAUGAGAAGCGACAAAGUUGAAAUUAACUUAGGAGGGGCGGAAAUAACGAAAAUAGGAGGGAAACAUGGAGUUCAAGAUCUUCAUAUUCAUCUACAGAAAGCAAUAAGGGAAGAGAAGUGGAACGUUAAGCAGAUUAAGAUGCCAGUCAAAAAGGAGAUACGAUCUGGUAUAUCUGGGAUAGAAAAAAACCUGCAGCGGAAGGCGGAGAAAGAUACUCAGAAUAUAUCUAAAGCAUUCCGGGAUUUAGACAGGUUAAUGGAGAUGGCUAAACCAAUGGUCGGACUGGCUAAAUCUAUUUCAAGCAAAAUACGUGAGAAACAGGGUGAAAUUACAGAGGACGAGACUGUUCAGUUUAAAUCCUACCUCCUAAGCCUAGGGAUUGAUGAUCCUGUGACCAAGGAUUCUGCAGGAUCAGAUAGAAAAUAUUACCAGGAGUUAGCCAAGGAGAUGUUGUUGGUCCUUGAUCAACCUAUCCAGGAGGCAGGAGGAAUGAUUACUCUAACAGAUGCAUUCGUCAGAGUUAACAGGGCCCGAGGAUUAGAACUAGUAUCCCCUGGAGAUAUUAUCCUGGCCUGUAUAGCUAUGAAGGAAAUUAAACUGCCAAUGUCUCUAAAAACCUUCCCCAGCGGAGUAAUGGUGCUCAAAUCUAGUAAUCAGUCGGAGAAGGAACUGCUCGAGAGAAUUGUAUAUUUAGUUGAAGCAUUCAACAAGAUCUCUCCUGAUAUAUUGGCUAGGGAAUUAAAGAUUUCUGUCUUGCUAGCGAGGGAACGGUUAUCUGCAGCUGCGAGUACCGGACACAUUGUGAUGGACAAGAGUCUUCAUGGAAUAGAAUAUUAUCCAAACCGGUUCCUAGCAACAACAUAAACAAUAACAACAACAAGAUUCAAGCAACCUCAAGAUUCAUGAGGGUUUCUAGCAACACCAUCAAGAUUCAUGAGGUUUUCUAGCAACAACAUCAAGAUUCGUGAGGUUUUCAAGCAACAACAUUAAGAUUCAUGAGGUUUCCUAGCAACAACAUCAAGAUUCAUGAGGUUUUUUAGCAACAACAUCCAGAUUCAUGAGGAUUUCUAGCAACAACAUCAA